GUGAAGCUUCGCGAUUGGGUAAUGGCGGUGUUGUUUUGGUGAUUUUGAUAAAGCUAUUUUCCAAAUUACAUAGCAAUGGAUCCAGAGACUUACUCACAAGUCCCUUUAACGGAGGCUGAACAGGCGCUGAAGAAGGCGGUGGAAGAAAAUGCCGUGCAGUAUACACAAUUGUGCCGGAUUUGCCUGGUGACCGCAGAGAGGAACUUCAAGAACAUGACAAGAGCAGUCUUCGACACAAUUCCGUAUUUUACCAUCUAUUUGGAGACUGUGGGCAAGCAAGUGAAGCCCUUUGGGAACUUCUCACCGCGAAUAUGUGCCACAUGUGAGAUUGAAAUGCUGGAAGCCUACAAAUUCCGCAAGAAGUGUUUGCUGACAGAUGACAAGAUUGCCAAAAUGCUGGAGCAUGCGAAACCUAUGGAGCCUCAACCGACGCCCAUCAAACAGGAGCGCUGGGAGGAAGCCUCUCGAGUGCAUUCACGCACUGAAGCUGCCAAUCGGGAGAACAAUGUGGACGUGAAGCCGGGAGGGAACAAUUUGCCCAAGGCGAAAAAAUACCGGUGCAAGGUUUGCCGGGUGAUCUUUGAUGAAUACGAUGACUUCCGUGUGCACAAGUGCAUGUCGUGCGAGCCGAAGAUCAUCAAGGAUAUGCGGGCGAUUUACACGGAGAAGAAGAAGGAGCCUCCGCCCAAGAAGGUUCCACACUUCUCGACGGAGGCCAAGAAGAAGCGCAGUCGCAACAAGAAGGAGUACACGUGCGAACAGUGCGGGAAAAUGUGCCAGAGUCGACAGGGAUUCUUGCUGCACAUGGACAAGCACAACGACACAGCGCGCUACGAUUGCGAUCAGUGCGACAAGAAGUUCCGGCAUUGGCAAUCGCGGCGCACCCACAUUUACCGGGUUCACCUGAAGAAGCCCUUCUGCUCGUGUCCGCAGUGCGGAAAGUCAUUCUACCAGAUCAAGUACAUGAAGCAGCAUAUCCUGGAACAGCACUCGAACUUCAAUGGCUACCAGUGCGAGAAGUGCGGCAAGAACUUCCAGACGAAGGGCGCCUUCGCCGAUCACCAGAACAAUCACAAGGGCGACGUGCCAUGCAAAAUUUGCGGAAAGGUGUUAAAAACGAGGAAGACGUACUUCAGGCACCUGGAGACGCACACUGGAGAACGCAAUUACAUCUGUCCUGUCUGCGAUAAGCGCUACACUUGCAACUUCACCAUGAAGAAGCACGUUAAGCGCUCGCAUCCGGAUCAAACACACCUGCUUCCGCCGGACGGCACAAUUGUGAAUCAACGAUAUUUGAGGAAAGCCGGACUAGAGAAGGGAGAGAAGCGAAAGAAAGGAGUAAAGUCUGAAGACGAUCCCCAAUCCAGCACGGGGAAUAUUGAGGAAGGCGGAGACGAAGUACAUGAAAUAGAAGCAGCCAUCGAAGCAAUUGAAGAAAGCGACUAGAGAAGUUAUCCGAUGCUAUGCUUCUACGAUAAGUGAUAGGGUUAAUGUACUUCUAUUAGUCUUUAAUUUAACAUGAAAUUGAAAAAAAAAAUCAAAUGCAAGGAUUUCUCGAUGUGAAAAGCAGUCGAUUAAAGACCAAGUGUAUUAAUGUUUUCAAAUUCAGUAAUAUUUCCAAAAUACAAUAUAUUUCAGCAUUUUUUUUUCUUUCAAUAGAACCUGUAAUCUAAUGGCCAGAAUUUUUGCAUCUUAUUCAACUACAGUGGUUGUCAUGUAAGAGUUAGUAUAUAUUUCACACAAUAUUUAUAGAAUAACAUCAAUUUUAACUCUUGUAUUGCUAAAAAAAGCCAACAAUAAAUUUCUCUGGAACAUGUAAAUUGUUAAUACGAGUUGGUAUACAUGAAUGG